UUUUUUGCGUACGUUGUUUACUAAACAACUAAACCAAAGACUGAAAGAGCUUCUAAGUUCUAACUAGUAGAUUAGUUUCUAAACUAGAUUAAGGCUCUCUAUAUCUAAGUCUGUGCCAAUCUAAGGUCUAGAUCUAGAUAAUCUGUUCAGAUAUAGAGGUCUAGAUCUAUAUUAACUAGAGAGAGAGAGAGUCACGAGUUUAUUAACUUUACUUUAUAAUAUUAUAAUAUUAUAUUAUAUUUAUUUUAUUUUAUAGUCAUAUACUUAUACGUCCGAAAGAUCUAAAUUCUAAAUCUAGUCAUAUAGAUAUAUUAUUAUAUUUGUAGAGAUUCAGUUUUACUAAGUUUUAGAUUUAUAAAUGAUCUCUGAUAAAACAUAAACAUUGAAAUAAAUGAAUGAUUGAUUAUCUAUGACUAUGAAUAUGAUUACAUGAUCAUCAAUCAUCAAGAUUUAGCUACAGCUUCAGGAAGAUGAAGCUUUAAAGAAUGAGUUGGGUUGAUAUCUUAAGUAUUGCAGCCACUGUCACAUCAUUUAUUGUUCAGUUUAUAGGCAUAAAAAUCUGCUUUGAAAUAAUAAGUAAAGGUAACACAGGUGACAUUUCUUCUAUACCUUUCAUUGCAUUUUUUAUCAGUACCGCUAUUUGGCUCAAGUAUGGAUUGAUGACUGAACUUACAAAUGUGAUAUUAACAAGUGCUCUGGGCACACUACUACAAUUAAUAUACAUCUACGUUUAUUAUUUAUAUUGUACAAAAAAGUUUCAAUUUUAUGUUUUUUUAAUCAUUGGAAUGAUGUUGAUUGUUAUUCCCCUUGCAUAUGUUGACUUUUAUGAAUCAGAAUUUGGUAGAGCCAAACGGAACCUAGGUGUAUAUUGUGGAGGCCUUACUAUAUUGUGUUAUGCGUCACCAUUGGCUACAUUGUCAGAAGUCCUGAAACAGAAAUCUACACAUUCUGUUUCAUUUCCCUUAUGUUUUGUGAAUUUUGUAAGUGCAAGUCUUUGGACAUUGUAUGGAGCAAUAAUCAAAGACCGUGUACUAGUGAUUUCAAAUGUUUUUGGUAUAUUUCUGGGCUUUAUACAGUUUUACUUGUUCUACAAAUUUGGCUGCAAGAACACAAAACCAACACAUGUAUUAGAAACACCUUAAUCUAUUCUCUAUUGUACAUAUGGGAAUCUCUUAUUAAAACAAUCAGCCAACAA